AUGGUCCAGGGCGAGUUCGCUGUGACGGUGCCCGACCCCGAGAAGUUUGCGUCAGAUUGUUCCAGCAGCGCAGACAUGCGGGAGGCUCUUCAAUCAUCGAUCGCGAGUUACAUGAACGGUACCGUAGCCCCUGAAGACGUCGCGGUGUUCUGCAGCAUUGACAGUGGUAGCCGUCUUGACGCCACCGUCGAGUACGAGGCCACGCGCCGCUCGCUGGCCGGCAACGUCACCAUCGACUACCGCAUUGUCGUGCUGGAAGAGACGGCCCAUUCGGUUCAGGACAGCGCGACAGAGCUGUUGAGCUCCCAGGCUUCUGGUCAAGACCUGGCCAGGCUUGCUGCCCUUAUCAGCAGCGCGCUCUCCGCCACUGCGCCCGGCGCGUCCGGCAACGCUCCCCUGCAAGCCAUCGGAGGCCCGGCGGCCCUAGCCGUCAUCUCAACGCAGCCACCGACGCCGCGUCCGACGCCUCUCUCGACGCCGGGCCCCACGGCUUCCCCGGGGCCCGUUCCACCGUUGGCUGUCUCCAGCGGCGCCAUGACUGCCACAGGGGACCCACACCUACGAAACAUCUACGGCGAGCGUUUCGACCUGAGGAGGCCUGGCAAGCACACACUGGUCAACAUUCCAAAGGGGGAGCGCGCUGAGAGAGCCCUGCUUCAUGUAGAGGCUGAAGCGGUGCAAAUGGGUAUGCAGUGCGCAGACUUGUACUUCCGAGAAUUGAACAUGACAGGGGUGUGGGUAGAGGCUACGUGGUCUGGCGGUCUUCACUUUCACGCCCUGGAUGUGAGCUACGGAACAUCGAAGUGGAAACAUGUUGGGAAGGUAGAUGUAAAGGUGGCUCAUGGGCGCACGAGGGAGGGGAUCCAGUACCUGAAUGUUUACAUCAAGCAUCUCGACCGUGCUGGGUUUGCGGUAGGGGGUUUAUUGGGUGAAGAUGAUCAUACGCAGGCGACAAUGGCUUCCCGUGCAUGUGUUCAGCGUCACAGCGUGUCCCUUCUUGACUUCAGUCGUUGA